UCGCUGCUCGAGCCGCCUCUGCAGCUCUACUGGACCUGGCUGCUCCAGUGGAUCCCGCUCUGGAUGGCGCCCAACUCCAUCACCCUCCUCGGGCUAGUCAUCAACAUGCUCACCACGCUCGUGCUCAUCUCCUACUGCCCCACGGCCACCGAGGAGGCACCAUACUGGACAUACCUAUUCUGUGCCCUGGGACUCUUUAUCUACCAGUCACUGGAUGCUAUUGACGGGAAACAAGCCAGAAGAACAAAUUCAUGUUCUCCUUUAGGGGAACUCUUUGACCAUGGUUGUGACUCUCUUUCGACAGUGUUUAUGGCAGUGGGAGCUUCAGUUGCUGCUCGCCUAGGAACUCACCCUGACUGGUUGUUUUUCUGCUCUUUUAUCGGGAUGUUCAUGUUCUAUUGUGCUCACUGGCAGACGUACGUUUCAGGCGUGUUGAGAUUUGGAAAGUAUGUUUCUUUACUAUUUAAUAAGGAAAAGAAAUUCUGUUUUCUUAAUGAUUUCUUUCCUCUCCCUCUAAAGAUACCCAUUCUAGAAAUAAAACUGAAGAUCCUCCCAGUUCUCGGAGUAAUAGGUGGAGCAAUAUUUUCCUGUUCGAAUUAUUUCCACGUUAUCCUCCAUGGUGGCGUUGGCAAGAAUGGAUCCACUAUAGCAGGCACCAGUGUCUUGUCACCUGGACUCCACAUAGGACUAAUUAUUAUACUGGCAAUAAUGAUCUAUAAAAAGUCAGCAACUAAUGUGUUUGAAAAGCAUCCUUGUCUUUACACCCUAAUGUUUGGGUGUGUCUUUGCUAAAGUCUCUCAAAAAUUGGUGAUAGCUCACAUGACCAAAAGUGAACUGUAUCUUCAAGACACUAUCUUUUUUGGGCCAGGUCUGUUGUUUUUAGACCAGUACUUUAAUAAUUUUAUAGACGAAUAUGUUGUUCUAUGGAUAGCAAUGGUAAUUUCUUCACUUGAUAUGAUGAUAUACUUUAGUGCUUUGUGCCUGCAAAUUUCAAGACACCUUCAUCUAAGUAUCUUCAAGACAUCAUGUCAUCAAGCACCCGAACAGGUUCACAAGCAUAUUGACUGAUAAUAGCCCAAAGAAAAGAGGAGAUGCAGUUAGGGGAACCUAUGAGUGAAGGAAAUCCCCCUGUACAGGAGGCUAGUAUACUAUCAAAUAAGGUUCUACUUGAAUAUAAAACACAAAUACUCCAGCUUCUGUUAUGUCUAUUUCAGUUAUGAAGCCCUCAUUGUGUAUCAACAUUUUUGAUCACAGGUAUUCUUGGAGUAUUACAAUCUAUAAAUUAAAAACAAGACUAAAGAAAGAAAUUUCAGUCUGGACAGUAAGUGAACCCCUAUAGUCCUGUGACUAUAGUUCACUAAUCCUGUAGUUCUAAACAGAUUAUCUUCUUUGUCUGAGAAAUACUUACUAGGUACUUAAGAGUUUUCACUGCCAAAGGAUUACAUAAAAAUUCAGAAUGUAAAGAGUUUUGGCCAUCUUGAGUGUACAUACUUUAACAAAAAUCAAAAAGUAAGCUCACAAUACUGCUCGAGUGCUUGGCUUAUAAUAUUGUAAUUAUAGAGUCAAGUGGUUAAGAACUUUUUAAAAUCAUAAUCAUUUUUCAAAUCUUCAGCUCCAUCUGACCCUAUUAAUUUUAUACAGUAGUUCCAUAGACCAACCAUGUACCAAAUGAUGGAAUAAUCAGAAAAACAAAGGAGUAAUGAACAUGUACUACUUCUUUCCUAGGCAAGAAAAAGGCAUACUGGAAAAAAAGUGAAAAGAUAUUCCUUAAAAGGAAAAAAGUAUACCUAUGUGAAUUAAGUAUGCAGAAAACACUCUAGAGUGUUUUGCCUCUGUAACUAUUGGUUAAACUUUCUGUGCAUUAAUGUACACAGCUAUGAUUUAAUUAAAAAAAAAAAACGAAUUCAAGACAAAAUCACCAAAAAAAGAGGUAAAACUUUCCAAGUAAGAACCUUCUUAGAAUUUAAAUAGCGCUUAAGAUUUAUAGCCUAACACAUACUUUGGCUUACAAGGAAAAUCCCUUACAAAGUUUGAAAUUUGGCCAGGCAUGGUAGGUCAUACCUGUAAUCCCAGCAUUCUCGGAGGCCGAGGAGGGGGGAUUGCCUGAGCU